AUGUAUCACCCACACAAAGUACAAAUCAACACUCCAAUCCAUCUCCUCCCCACCGAAAUCCUCAUCGACAUCUUCCGACUUGCCUGCCAGGAGGAUGGCACUCGAGUGGUCAAUGGCCACCCUCUCCCAAAUGUCUCCAUAUCAUUAACAUGCUCUCAUUUCCGACGAAUCAUCCUUGAACUCUGCGACGUCUGGACGACCAUCGACUUUCGUCUCCACUGGCCACUCCGCGUCCUCACAUCCUAUGUAACGACAAUACUCAAACGAACCGGUGGAAUGGCCCUCAACAUUGUCGUCCGCGAUGGCUGGCGAUCUAUUUCUUCACCAAAUGUGCCCCCCCUCUUCCAACGGCUCUUCACCAAGGUGACCAAGGUGGACACCAUCUCCUUCUACAUCUCCCAGUAUACACUAGACUACAUACCGGAAGUGCUCCUCAACAAUCUCCCAGUGCCUCCUCGCCGUCUCGAGAUUCACCACGCAGCCGAAUUCGAUACGCGACCGCUUCAUCAAGCUCGCAGGGAGCCAAAGGACGAGAAAAAACCAAUAAUGUGCCCAAUCAGAAGCUGCAAGUAUAUCGAUCUUGUCGAAGAGCUCGACCUUGUGGACACGUCAGUAUAUCUGGAUUGGCUACCUACCACCUUUUUAUCCUUGAAAUCCUUCACCCAACGGAGAAGAUUAGACCAGACGCGAUCGUCUGCGUCUAUACAUGGUGAUUACGUCUUCCGCCGAUGCCCAAACUUGCAGACGGUGACAUUCGAGGGGAGGGUGCACCAGGAGUGGGUAAACUGGACCAGACUUCCGAACAACAAAUUCACACUCCCUUUACAUACCCUAACGAUCACCGACCACCAAUGCUUCAUCGACUUUUGCAUGUACUUUCCCGACCUUCGAGUUCCACGCCUCCAAAAAUUUACCGUCGAAACCCACGACGCCCAAGUGCUUUCCGAGUUUCUUACGCGCCAUCCUACUAUUACCGACCUCACACUCCCCUGGGUCAUGGAUGGUGAGACGAUUGGGGUAGUCUGUCCGCGCGUGGCUCGACUAUCGAUUCCAUCAGGAGCCGUACAGCUAGUUCUAUACCAAGGAGACGGUGCUGGGUUCAAGGCACUCAAGGAUCUCCAUAUUGACUGUACCGCGUACUCGCUCUCCGUAGACGAGUUUGAGGAUCUCGUGGAGAUGCGAGUGCUUUGCGAACAGAAUGAGCUUACGCCACAAUUGUCCUCGCUAUCGUUGCGCCUUCCGCAGAGUGAACAAAAGUCGAAACAGGAUUGGACGCGGAGUGCCUAUGCAAAGGAUGCGGUCAAGAGAUGGGAGGGGGACGUUUGCUACUUAUCGUGGCCAGAUUAUGUAUAA